CCAUUUUAAAGCGGAGGGUUGAGGAUUGUCAGUAAACAGAAUGAAACCUACAAUGAACCAGUCAGACACCAGACGUGUUUUGGCAAUAUUUGUGGCUGCAUCGAGUACUCUAUAUGCAGCAGCAUGUCCAGAGAACCAUUUCCAAGUUCAAGAAACCCUGUGCUGCUUGAACUGCCAAAAUGGUGAGUAUGUUGCUCGCAACUGCUCUGAAGGACCCAGAGGCCACAUUGCUGUAUUAUGUAAUCUAUGCCGCAGAUGUGAAGAAAUUGGAGAGAUUACUGUUUCCAAUUGCACACGGUUUUUAGACACACAGUGUGCCCCCAUACACAUGAAAGAGAUAACCUUGUAUGGUUGCUCACCUGUGAUAGCCGCUGUUGUCCUUCUGGCUGUGUUUCUGGCAGCCUGCUUAUUUAGCAGAAUCAGUAAAUCAGGUGAAUCUAAUGGAGGCUCUGCAGGAGAGACAUUGAAUAUUUCCAUAUAAAAGAUUCAGAGAGUCUGAAGAAAAUUUUAAAUCAGGAAAAAGGCCAUCAUCAAAUACUGUAUAUCAUCAUUCAAAGAUUAAUUAAAAUGAGAAAUACUGCAGUAAUUUUUUUUAUA